GUGAGAAUGAGUGGCAGAGGAAAGGGAGGGAAAGGACUCGGUAAAGGAGGCGCAAAGCGUCACCGGAAGGUUCUCCGUGAUAACAUCCAGGGGAUCACCAAGCCCGCUAUCCGCCGUCUGGCUCGCCGUGGUGGAGUGAAGCGGAUCUCCGGCCUGAUCUACGAGGAGACCCGUGGUGUGUUGAAGGUCUUCCUGGAGAACGUGAUCCGUGAUGCCGUCACCUACACCGAGCACGCCAAGAGAAAGACGGUGACCGCCAUGGAUGUGGUGUAUGCUCUCAAGAGGCAGGGACGCACUCUGUACGGCUUCGGAGGUUAAACACAUCCCGUCUGUUCUCCACUCCAAAGGCCCUUUUCAGGGCCGCAUAAACACUCUGAAAAGGCUUUUUCCUUCCGUCUAGUUUUCAUACAGGGUUUAGAAUGGUAUCUGGUGAUACAUAAACCCAUGAACAAAGUCUCAAAUGGAUGUGAAAUAUUAAGAUAAGUAUUGGUGCUUCACCCUUCGUGUGUAAGGCGACACUUGGACCAAAUGUUGGAAUUUACAUUAAUUGUUUUUUGGUUUUACCAUAAACCAGAAGUGUUGUACAGGUGGAUAUGUUGCAAAAAUGUUUUUUGUUACACUGACAAUAUUUAGAAUAACAAUAUAUUUAUAUAUAUUUUGUGGUUGGGAACAGUACAGACUAUUCCCACACUCUAAAUUGAUGUACUGUGUGGCUUUCAACAAUAAACCAGACACUACUUCUCCUGCUCACAUCCAGCUCUAUGAAUCAGAAUUUAAUUCAAAUCAGGUUCCACACUAACCUGCUUUUGAGUCAUCUGUAUAGCCCCUCUGCUGUUGUGUCUGACAGAAAUAUCCCUCCAUAAAACACAUUUGUGAUGA